AUGAAAACUGAUGUGGAAGACUACGUGAGGAGCUGUGCCACCGGCACCACCAUGAAAUCCAGACCAGGGAAGCCCCUUGGACUUUUUCAGAUUGUAGCCGAACCUACCAAGCCUUGGGAGGAGAUUGCGAUGGACUUCAUAGUUGAGCUCCCUGACAGAUGUGGUUUUUCUGCAGGGGGGGGACGCCUGUCAGCCGUGGAAGCCAUAUUAGGCCAGAAGCUUCAAUGCUACCAUCUCCUCGGAAUGAUACCCAAGAACUACCAGCAGUUCAGAGCGUUGGUGUUUGCAGUCAGAGAGGUCAACAAGGAUCUGCUUCUCCUCCCCAACAUCACUCUUGGCUUCCACAUCUAUAGCAAUUCUCAGUCUGAGGUGGAGAUUUGCUCAAACAGCCUCUCCCUGCUCUCCACCCGGGGCCAAAUGGUUCCAGGGCCCCACACUGGGGAUGUCUCAGAAUUCAGCCGUUUCCUUCUGUCUUUAGAUCCCUUGAAGCCACAAGGGGACCUCUUUCUCCUGCACUGUUGGGAAAAGUUGUUUGGCUGCAUGAUGGACAAACCAGGAAGGAUCCUUCCAAAGAGGCUUCUUCCCUAUCUGAGGAACGUCAAGUUCAACAACAGUGCUGGAGAGGAAGUCUCCUUCUCAGAAAGUGGAUUGGUUUCUUCUCGUUACGAUCUUCUCAACUGGCUUUUCCUCCCCAAUCAAUCUUUUGUCACCACCAAAGUUGGACAAAUAGAUUCCACGGCUUCCCCAGGACAAGAUUUCCCCAUUAACUCCAAUGACAUCAUCUGGGCCACAAAGAAGGUGCCCUUUGCCAGGUGUGGCAUGAGGAGGUGCCAUGCAGGAGAGAGGAAGAGCGUUCCAGAAGGCAAGGAAGUUUGCUGCUAUCAGUGUGACCCUUGUCCAGAAGGGACCAUUUCUAAUCAGACAGAUGCAGCUCUCUGUGAUCCUUGCCCAGAAGACCAAUAUCCCAACAAGAACAAGAACCACUGCAUUGCCAAGAAGAUUCACUUCCUUUCCUAUCAAGACCCCCUGGGAUACUCAUUAACAUCUCUCACUCUUUUUCUCUCUGUGACCACAUCUGCAGUUCUGGUGAUUUUCCUUAAGCAUCACAAUACACCAAUUGUCAAGGCCAACAACCGAGAUCUCACCUACAUCCUCCUGGUCUCCCUCCUGCUCUGCUUCCUCUGUUCCUUUCUUUUCAUUGGUCAACCAGGGAAGCUCACCUGUCUUUUUCGACAAUCUGCCUUUGCCAUUCUCUUUUCCCUUGCAGUUUCCUCUGUCUUGGCAAAAACUGUCAUGGUGGUUCUGGCCUUCAUGGCCACCAAGCCAGGGAACAAGUCAAGGAAACUCUUAGGAAAGCCACUGACCAACUCCAUUGUCUCAGCCUGUCCCCUGGUCCAAGCACUUCUUUGUGCCACAUGGCUGGUAACCUCUUCCCCAUUUCCCAACAUGGACUUCCAUUCCUUGGUAGGAGAGGUCAUCUUGGAAUGUAAUGAAGGCUCAGCUUUGAUGUUUUAUGCUGUCCUGGCCUAUCUGGGUUUCCUGGCCCUUGUCAGUUUCACGGUGGCAUUUCUAGCUAGGAAAUUGCCAGACAGCUUUAAUGAAGCCAAGUUCAUUACUUUCAGCAUGCUGGUCUUUUGCAGUGUUUGGAUCUCAUUCCUCCCCACCUACCUGAGCACCAAAGGGAAGUCCAUGGUGGCCGUGGAGAUCUUCUCCAUCUUGGCCUCUGGGGCUGGUCUCUUGGCUUGCAUCUUUUUCCCCAAAUGCUACAUUAUUUUAUUUAGGCCCAAUCUGAAUUGUAGAGAGAAUAUAAUGAGGCACAAGAAUCUUUGA